AUGUCUCAAGAAACCCUCCUCGCCCUCGCGAAAGCCUAUCCCCACGACCCGAAACACCUCCACAAAGUCAUCAUCCCCCAACUAACCCACCGUCUCCGCCUGACGUCCCUCUGGUCCAUCGCCCCGUCCUCCCGCGUCCUCGACAUCGGGUGCGGGCAGGGCGACUCCGCCCUCGUCCUCGCGCACGCCGUGGGUGGUGGUGGUGGUGGUCCGCCGACCGGUCCCGGACCGGCCGGCCACGUCACGGCGCUCGACCCGGCCCCGGGCGACUACGGCAGCCCCUUCACGCUCGCGCAGGCGCAGUCGCAUAUCCUCUCGUCAGAGUACGGGUCACGGAUUACGUUCCACCAGGCGGAUGGCCCGUCGUACCUCGCCUCGCACCCGGCGGAGGAAUUCGAUGCCGCGACGCUGUGCCAUUCGCUGUGGUACUUCCCCUCCCGCGAGGCUGUCGCCGGUCUGUUCAAGGCCCUGCACUCGUCCGGCAGGGUUAAGAGGCUCUGCUUCGCGGAGUACUCACUGAAAGCGUCCUCGCCGGCGCAGGUCCCGCACGAGCUCGCAGUCGAGGCGCAGAAGCGGUUCCACGCGCUUCGCGAGGAUCGGGGGUUCACGCUCGAGCAGUCGAAUGUGCGAGGUGCGCUGAGCCCCGAGGAGCUGAUCCGGGUGGCGGAGGGAGAAGGGUGGAAGUUGUUUGAUAAGGGGACCGUAGACACGCCGGGGAUGUUGGAUGGGCAGUGGGAGGUCGGCGCUGUGUUGGAUCCUGCGUGGAAGGAGGAGGUGCUUGGGGAGAAGUUGGGCAAGGAGGCGGAGGAGGAGUUGUUGGGUUACGUGGAUAGGAUCGAGAAGGCUGUUGAGGAGGUUAAGGCGAAGGGGGAAGGGAUCGCGACUAUGGAUGCUACGUGGGUUGUCAUGCAGCUCUGA